AUGACAGCAGUUCUCCUCCUGUAUCUAGCUCCCUUUUCGGUAUUUUUAUGGACAACAACAUGUCCGCCAUUUCUUGUUUCUUUUCUGAAUUAUUUCAACCAUUCCUCUCUCUCUCUCUCUCUUCCUUCUCAUUCCUUUUUCAUUCCUCCCUUGUUGAAAUUCUUUCUCAACUCUUUUCCUUCCACUUUUUUGCUUCUUGAAAAUUUAUCAUCCUUUUCUUUCAGACAGUCCCCUCCUCUCUUUUCUCUCUCUCAUCCUUGUCCCUCCUCUCUUUUCUCUCUCUCUCAUCCUUGUCCCUCCUCUCUUUUCUCUCUCUCUCAUCCUUGUCCCUCCUCUCUUUUCUCUCCUCUCAUCCUUCCCCCUCUCUAUGUUUUCUCCCCCCUCCUCCUCUUUUCUCCUUCCCCUCCUCUCUUUUCUCCUUCCCCUCCUCUCUUUUCUCCUUCCCCUCCUCUCUUUUCUCCUUCCCCUCUCUUAUUCUUUUCACCGACUCUUUUUUUUUCUCUUAUUUCGUUUACUUCCCUUAUUCUUUCUCCUUCCUCUCUUUAUGUUCUUACUUCUCAUUUCCCUUUAUUUAUUUAUUUGUUUAUUAAUUAUUAUUAA